AUGAUUAAAAGCGCAAAAAAGGCAAUAAAGGGAAUCCUCGCUGAUGCUGAUAUAACCGAUGAAGAACUUCACACAGCAAUGUGUGGAGCGGAACAGUUAUUGAACUCUCGACCAAUAACGUACGUAAGUGCGGAUGCUGACRAUCUGACUYCGCUUACACCCAAYCAUUUCAUCGUGGGACAAAUGGGAGGAUCAUUUGCCGCAGAAUCAGMUGAUACUGAGGAGAUAUUCAACCCACGAAAGAGAUGGCAUCGUGUGCAGCAGCUAAUCGGACAAGUGUGGAAACGCUGGAGGAGARAGUUUCUACCCAGUCUUAAUAUACGGAAAAAAUGGUUUCACCCACAGAGAAAUCUAAGCAAAGGUGAUGUAGUACUUAUCGUGGAGCCUAAUGCUAGUCGCAACGAUUGGCCACUUGGCCGUAUUCUAGAGGUCUUCCCUGGAGCUGAUGGCCUAGUAAGAGUGGCAAGACUGCGAGCACGAGGAAAGGAGUACCUACGCCCAGUACAUCGAUUGUGUCCAUUGGAGUACGUUUAA